CAAUCCAAAACCAUGACCCAAAUCCAACCUCGUCGUCUCCUCCCAAAAUCAAAGCUUCGAGUGACUAUUGAGCGGUGAGGCACAGAAGACGAGUAUAGUAUCCAGAGAAAAAAAAAUACAGCGAAAUGGGAAGGAAGACCGGCGUAGCAGAGUUCGAAGAAUCGCCGCCCGAUGACUUUGAUCCGUCGAAUCCAUAUAAGGAUCCGGUGGCGAUGUUCGAGAUGAGGGAGCAUAUUGUCAGGGAGAAGUGGAUUGAUAUAGAGAAGGCCAAGAUCUUGAGGGAGAAGCUCAAAUGGUGUUAUCGCAUCGAAGGCGUUAACCACCUCCAGAAGUGCCGCCACCUCGUUCAACAAUAUCUCGACUCCACUCGCGGCAUUGGCUGGGGCAAGGACCAGCGUCCUCCCUCUCUCCACGGUCCUAAGGUGGAGGCAGCUGCUUCUGAGUGAAUGGUCUGCAUUAAGGGAUAAAGUCUUCCUUCCUUAAAGCAAUGAUACUGGUUUCAAGUGCUUUUCAAAACUUCUAGAAUGCUGGGGAAGUUUUACUUUUGACAAGUAGAAGAUGGGGAAAAGAAGCUGAGCAUAAGAGUGACUAGGAUCCAUACAUCGGAUAAAUUUUCUGGGAUCCAUACAUAGGAUAAAUUUUAUGUGCACAAGUGCUUGUUUUCGAUUGAGGUUAGGAGAUGAUAUGUUAGGUUUUAUCUUCUUGCAAAUGUUAGGCUAAGAGUUUAAUGUUGUAUAUUUCCAGCAUUUGAGUAUUUUUCUGUGGGGAUGGAGUAUGGAGGAUGGUAAUGUUAUAGACUUGGGCUUUACAGCAGAUGGUUGGUUUUGUUUGGAACGUAAGAAGGAUACAAAAUAACAUAAGAUAAUUUAGCACCCAAUGCUAAUUUAGAGUCAA